AUGACGCCCUCGACAGUCACGAAUAUUAUGAGCCUGCCAGUGGAAAUUUUGCUUAUCAUUGCGUCAUUUAUUCCUUUGCAGGAAUACCUGAUGCUCCUAAAAACGAGCAGACGCAUGCACGAAGUCCUUGCCGGCGGUUUAUUCCCUCACGCCUUUAAGAGAAAGCUGUGGGCAAAAGUAGGAAGAGCAAUCGUCAUUCCUGUGAGGCUCGGUGAUUCAACGGCACUUCGACCAAUCCUUCAUUACGUUUCACGAGAAGAUUCCGAGUGGCUGUCUUGUGAAAUACCACACGAAUUGAAUAACGCCGUCUGGCUCGGUCGCUUCUCCACCGUCUCUCUUAUGGUGGAAUAUGGUGCAUCUUUGAGCCCAGAUUCACCAAUGUAUCACAAGAACCUUUGGACAGGCAUGAUGUGUUCCUCAAAUCUCUUCAAGAUGCUGAAACUACUCAUUCCGCUUGGCCUUGGUGUUAACUACCUUCCCGCGAAGGACGAUAAUUACCAGAUUCAUUUGGCCACUGUGUAUGGGGACCGGCAGUUUUUGAAGGCACUUCUUUUCGUAGGCGCGGACUUCUCGCUGCCAGGACCAUAUGAGCAAACUGCCCAUGAGAUAGCUAGAGAAUACGCCCGAGUCUACUAA